GUCGACCGUUGAGUGCUGAUAAUCGCGUACUGCCUGUGUGUUUCAUGUGUAAGAGACGCAUAGAGCUGUAUUGAUUAGUUUCCUUUUUUUACUUUUGUGUAUAAGCAAUUCUUACGGCAUUAACCAGACGGCAGCAAUUUUGCAAUUUUCAGAAGCGAGCUGGAAAUUGUGAGCAUUGCUACAGACGAAAAUUUCGAAGAAAUACACAUUUUUUCUGUCAGUAACAUUCAUUGUUCAAGUGCACUCAGAACUGACAACCACGUGUGUGUCGACAUAGUUCGACUUUCGGGUGUCAGCAGUGAUUUUUUUUAUUAUUUUAAUUUUUAUUAAAUUUAUUUUAAAAUUUUUUUCUUCACUUUUUUCAAAAAAAAUAUUUUUUUUUGUAAAUGUGGAAAAACUUUUAUUUCUAUGUGCAGAUUCUCGCGUGUAAUGCUCAAGUGAUCAUUUAAGGCUAUUCAUACGCUGAGCAUUAUAAAACUUUCACGCGAAGAAGGAGAGAAAAAUCAACGGUUGAAAAUUUUGAAUUUGGAAGAUUUUUUUUUCAAGAACAGAAAAAAAUAAUAAAGAAUUAUUAAAAUGGAUGGAUUUCGUGAUGGACUUCGAGACAAUUUUAAAGAUGGACUUAAAGAUAAAGUCGGUGGAGUUCUUGGCGGGUUCAAACGAGAACAAUUCUCAGCGCCCCAGCCAAGUGGAUAUGAACAAAUGGGUGGUGCAGAUAGUGAUGGUAGAAUGUACGAUGACAAUUUACCUGAAUCGCCGAUGUCCUUUGAGGAGAUAGAAAGACCACCACUGCGACAUAUCGAUAAAUAUGCAAAAGCCGAAUGUCCAUGUCUCUCACAACGUUAUACAGUAGCUGUUAUGGCAUGUUUAGGCUUCGUUAUUUCAUUUGGAAUGCGAUGUAAUAUGGGAAUGGCAAAACUACAGCUAGAACAUAGUGCCAAUACAUCCAACAUAACACUAGGUCCAAAUCAAAUCAAAUUCAAAUGGAGCGUAGCGACAGAGAGUGCUGUUGAUUCUUCCUUCUUCUGGGGCUACCUCGUGACUCAAAUUCCAGGUGGAUUUUUAGCAUCAGUAUUUCCAGCAAAUAGAAUUUUUGGAACUGCCAUUGCCUGUUCAGCAUUUCUUAAUUUAUUUUUACCGGGAGCUUUUGAGUUUCCUGCAAUAAUCAUAUGUAUUCGUGUGUUGCAGGGACUCGUUGAGGGUGUCACCUAUCCAGCCUGUCAUGGUAUCUGGAGAUUUUGGGCACCACCGCUCGAAAGAAGUAGGUUAGCGACAGUGGCAUUCAGUGGAUCGUAUGCUGGAAUUGUUAUAGGUAUGCCAAUGUGUGGAAUAUUAACUAGUUGGAUAAGUUGGAAGGCUGCAUUUUAUUUUUACGGCGUAAUGGGUAUGGUAUGGUACACAUUCUGGUUGUGGUUGACAUUCGAGAAGCCUCGAGAUCAUCCAGCAAUAACAAUACAGGAAUUGAAAUACAUCGAAAAGUCAUUAGGUGAAUCAGUGAAGCUUAAAAUGCCAACAAUGGCAACAACACCGUGGCAUGAGAUUACUCGCUCUAUGCCUGUCUAUGCUAUCAUCGUUGCCAAUUUCUGUCGAUCAUGGAACUUUUAUCUUCUCGUGCUGUAUCAAAGCAAAUAUUUGAAACAUAAGUUUGAGUAUAAAAUUGCUGAAGCUGGUAUUCUCGGUGCAUUGCCCCAUUUGCUGAUGACCAUAAUUGUACCAUUAGGCGGAAUGUUGGCUGAUCAUUUGCGCAAGAAUGGUAUAAUGUCAACAACAAAUGUACGAAAAUUAUUCAACUGUGGCGGAUUUGGACUCGAAGGAUUAUUUUUCCUUUUUGUAGCUCAUGCAACUACUGGUUCAGGCGCCGUAACAGCACUGACAUUCGGUGUUGCAUUCAGUGGAUUUGCCAUAUCGGGCUACAAUGUGAAUCAUUUAGAUAUUGCACCGAGAUACGCUAGUAUUUUAAUGGGAUUGUCAAAUGGAAUUGGAACGAUAGCAGGUCUUCUCUGUCCCAUAGCUAUUGACUACUUAACGAGUGAUCAGAGAGAUAAAAGUUGUUGGACGACAGUCUUUACGAUAGCCGCAUGUGUUCAUUUAACAGGAAUAACAUUCUAUGGUAUAUUUGCUUCUGGAGAGCUGCAGUCAUGGGCUGAGCCAACAUUAGAAGAGCAAAAGGCUUGGGAUCCAGUGUCUGCUGGUGCCGUCAUAGAGACAUCAUUUAAUGAUCCAAAUGCAAUAAACAUGCAAAUUAAUCAUACGAAUGUGGCUUCAUAUGGAGCUACUGAGCACGUUGCAGGAAAUCCUUUUGCCGCAGCUCCACCUCCACCUGUUGUUGGCAAUCCAUUUGCACAAAAUAUUAUGCCAGCAGCGCCUGUACAACCUUAUGCGACUGACUCUUACAUGCAUGGAACCGCAGAUGAACGUGGAUUUAAUCAAUACUAAAAAGUUUAAUUAAUAAUAAUGAGAAUCUGACUUAGAUAGAAUGAAAAUUAUUAUCAAUUGACAGUUACAUAUGAGUUUAGAUUAAUUUAAGUUAAUUGUUUAUGUUAACAACACCAAUAAUUAUUAAAAAGAUGCGUGAAGCAUGAAGUGAAACUUUGAUAAUGAGCUGAUGAUGAAAAACAAUACGAGUGUGUUCAAAAUAUUGAAUGAAAAUCGUGAACUACAAAUGCCUAAUCUAUGUGAUCGAAAAUUCAUUGAAUAGUUUCAAUGUCUAUGAAUUCUUCUUAUUUUGAGCUUUUGGAAGUGUGAGUUCGAUUAUUGUUUUGGAGAUUGAAGUUCAAUUAAAGAUUUCUUACAUAAGAAUUUUGACUUAGUUUACACUUUUUG